AGGAUAGGUUGAGUUGUUUUGGUUGUGUUAAGUACAAGUUUCGUUGUGCAAACAUAAACUGAAGAUAAGCAAAACUAAAGUCAAACUGGAAAGACAGUGGAACUUGAAUUACGGCUGACAAUGCUUGACAGAAUUAUUACAUGUUUGGUUUUAACUUUAGCUGUUACUGGUGCAGAGAACAAUGAGAGGGAACCAAGUAACAAAGUAUGGAAACCUUGUGACAAGAACACAACAGCAAACUGCAAUCACUUUGUAUCAAAAGGAAAUGCUGAUGGUAACAACCCUGGUUUACAAGGCCUCAACAAAUGUCCAGAUAAUUCCACCAAGCCAUCACAGUCAAAUUGUUUAAGAAAUGCUCCCAAACAAACAGCUAAAAACUCAAAAAUUAUCCUCAUUAGCUGUCUAAUUGGAGGCCUUUUUUUGAUAAUGGCUCUUAUCAUUGGAUUAAUAUGGAGGCGAUACCAGAUAUCAAAACAUGGAACUGUACAGCGGAGACAAAUGCACCCAUACAGUCAGCCAGAUGUGAGCAGUAUUUAUGUGAGCCCUAAUACUAUAGUCAACUGUCAGCUUUCACAAGAAAAUGAAGAGUCACACAUUUAUGAGAAAAUCACUACAAGCAUUUAUUAUGAUCCACAAGCUGCACUGAAAACCGUUGACAGCAAUGACAAACUAAUGUCUGGCCUCUAUGCUGAACCACAAACUACAAUGAAAACCAUUAACAGCAGUGACAAACUGUCUGACCUCUAUUGUGAACCACAGACUGUGAUGAAAAACAUCAACAGUAAUGACAAACUUACUUCUGGCCUUUAUUGGGAACCACAGCCACUAAAGGAUGUUGAUAAGGAAAACAGCACGCCUAUCUAUGUAAACAUCUUGUGAUUGUUUGUUUUCCUAAACAAUAUAUCUUAUCUGUAAUGUUCAGUAAUUUGUGAUAAAGUCAACACUAUAUCUUUGACAGAAAAUAAUGACUUCUAAGCAACAUCUUGUAGUCUCCAAUUUACAGGUGAGAGAAAGAAAGAAGACUGCUGAAAUUGGUCCCAGAUACUUGAAUUGAAACUCCUCCAUACUAGGAGGAUGACUGGAGUAGGAUUUGAACUGAAACUAUAGUAAUGUGAUUAAAUAUCACUAACCAUUUUGGUUGUCGCUUCACCACCUUCUUGCUGUAAAUUGGUAAAAAAAUAUUAAGACAAAAUGAAAGUAAUAAUUUUCUUUUAUUGUAAAAAUGUUUGAUGAAGGCAGAAAAUUACAAAGAAUGAAAAUGUUUACAGUGAGAUGGUGGGGUAAUGAAAAAUGAUAUUGAACCAACUCUAAGAAUUUAUGCAUGGAAUUAUAUAUAUGUAUAUAUAUAUGUAUAUAUAUAUGUAUAUAUAUAUGUAUAUAUAUAUGUAUGUAUA